CGUCGUCCUGUGGUCCGAGCACCUCUCGUUUAGGCUCGCCGCCUCGUACGGCUGCGGCUUUGACGACACGCCCUCGGCAAAAGGCCGCGUGUGGGACGGCACCCUCGGCACCGCGUCGGGCUCGAGCGCGGGCGGCUGGACCGCCGACUCGCGCUGGCGCGACGCCCUCGCCCGAGGCGACCGCCGCGGUGCGCCCUUCCACGUCCUCGUCGUCGCCGACCCGCAGCUCCUCGACAUGAAGAGCUACCCGGGCCGCAACUGGGCCCUGCGCUGGCUCGGCGUGCGCAUCUCGGACGCGUACGCCCGCAAGGCGUGGACCGUCGUCACGCGGUUGAGCAGGGGCAAGAGCGGUGGAGGGGUCGACGCCGUCGUGUGGCUCGGCGACUUGCUCGACUCGGGCGUCGACACGGUCGACCAGCGAGAGUACGCCUCGCUCGUUCACCGCUUCCACCUCCUGUUCCCCCUCCCUCGCGCCUCGACCUCGUCCUUCUCAUCCCUGUCCUCGCGCGCCGCGUCGUCGUCCGCCCUCGUGCCGCCCAUCCCCUCGAUCAUCGUCCCGGGCAACCACGACCUCGGCCUGCACCGCUCGUCGACCUUGCUCGCCGCGUACGGCCGCGAGCGGUUCCGCGACGCGUUUGGCCCGACGUGGGGCCUGCGAGAGUGGAACGGGUGGGAGGUGGCCUGGAUCGACUCGAUGGCGUUGCUCGAGGACGAGUUCUGGGACACGGACGGCGGUGGGCAGUACGGCGACAUGAAGCGCUGGCUCGAGGAGCUCGGACGAGGU